AUGAGCAGUGAGGGCGUGGCUGUGUGUGGGUGCGUGAACGCAUGUAUAUUUAACCCCAUCUUUCUCUCUCUGUGUGUUUCUCAGCGUGUCGGCCUUGGAGAUGAGAAUCACGCCAACUCGGAACGAUCCCCUCUCUUUGUGCAGUUCAUCGACUGUGUGUGGCAGAUGAUGAGACAGAUGCCGCUCCAUCAGAAUCUGAGUUAUUGUUUUUGCGUGAAGAACGUGGAGGAGCUCCAGAGAGAGGCCACGUCAUCCUGCUCCAUCUCCUCAUCCUCAGAGCAUACUUCUCCCUCCUCACAUAGUGGAGGCGGUUCAGCUGGACGGAGAGAUCCUGCAUGCGCUGUGAAGCGAGUGUGUUCUGUGGCGUAUCGGCACCUGGACAAGCACAAGAUCGAGCCGGUGCUCUACAUGAUGGAGUGGUUCAUGUGCGCCUUCUCCAGAACUCUGCCCUGGGCCUCGGUCCUCAGAGUGUGGGACAUGUUCCUGUGUGACGGAGUGAAAAUGAUAUUCUGUGUGGGUUUGGUGGUGUUGACGUCCAUGCUGGGUACUCGGGAUAAGCUCAAGGCCUGUCCGGGUCAGUAUGAGACCAUGGAGGUCCUCAGAGCGAUUGAGCCUAGAUACAUGCAGGAGGGCUUCUUCGUGCUCCAGGUUCUGGAGUUGCAGGUAUCGGCACAGGACGUGGAACGUGAGCAACGCACGCAGCUGAAGCGCUGGAAGAAGAAGCACGGCGAGCCCGGCCCCAAACUCCCUCAGAGAAUGCACAGUGCUCGCACCAUCAUGGCCACCGAGCCUCAUACACACCAAGACCUCCGCCAGAAACCCACCAUUAUGGUCCAGUACCCAUCGGUCCCUGAGGAGAAGUCCGAGCCGAACCUCAGGAAGAAGAGAGGGAGCCUGAAGAAAAACCAAGCCCUCAUUCCGAACCCCUACGCUCUACCUGGCGAGUCUAAACCUAGUCAGAUAUUGGACAUACAGCUUCUGAACCAGGAAAAUCUCAAUCUUGUACUUCCAAAUACACCAUCACAUCCACCACGGCUCCCUACAAUGCAGGAAAAUCAGGUCAAAGAGACGAGCACUUCUACAGAGCGACUCGUGCAGCGUCCUCGAAUUCCUCCAUCGAUAAGAAACUGGCGGAAUCUAUCCCUCUGCAACAUCUAUCCCUCCUUACUGCUCCUGUACACGGAUCACCUUCAGCGUAGCGUCCUCACCUGCUGAAAUGUGCUCCUGUCCAAUCCGGACAACCUGACCAUGAUG